AUGAUCCCAAAGGCGGGUGGUAGACUUUACGAAAAUUGGACGAGACUGAAGGACCGCACAAAGUUAGGUCACCAGGACAAAGAUGGAGAAAUGUUUGUGCAGGACUUGAGGUCUACUGGUCGUGAGGAAGCUUCGUCAGCUUUUGAUUCAGAGUUAUUGUCGCUGUCCCAGUCAGAACUUGCUUCUCCGAAUACCGUGGCUGUUCCAUCUUAUACAGGCAAAGACGGUGAUCAUCAGCUCGCUAAAGAGGUAACUGAGGACAAACUCAGGAGAGUGAGGCAUCAACUCGAACCUGGUGAUGUCAUUGAGGCUGUUAGCACUGUCUGCCGAGUAUCCAGCGCUGAUUCCUUUCUUGGCAUGUUGAUCUUCGGGCGUACCCACCUGUACAUGUUAGAAGGCCUUAUAGAGACUAGUGAAGGUGAAGUUAUUGGUGCAGGUGAUGCGCUGGAAGGAUUGAUUUUUAUAUCCGGAAGUGCUGUGGACGUUUGGAACUCACAGCGGGCUCAACGAUGGUCAUUAGAGCAAGUUUCAGGCUUUUCUGACAGGAUGUUCCUUUUCCAAGAUGUAGGGUUCGAGAUCUUCUUCAAAGAUAGCUGCAUGCUGCUGGUUAUUUUCCUUGAUAAGUCACGUCGCCAAUGGUCUUUACCUCCUUAUUCACAAGCAAACUCACAGCGAGUUUUAGCUUGGGUUCUCAAUUAUUAUGUUUUGGAAGUGCUAGAUCUUUCAUCUACUGAUGUGUUUAGAGAUCUCGCUAAACUUAUGGGAGCAUUGACGGCUGAGCGUCGUGAGGCUGUGGACACUCGCUAUACUAACCUGAGCAGUGUUGAUGAAGAGCCAUUCCACUACAGAACACACAUCAGCUCGUUCUUGAAGGGCCAUUAG